GUUGGUCGGAAUCAGCGGCAUGCCCGGACCGUGCAGUGCAGUCCAUUGAGUUAUUAUCUCUGUCGCCGCUCUCUCAGCCCUGUCUGCACGCUUGGAUCACUUGCUGGAUCCAUCUCAACAUCAUGUCCGACAACUUAUCGUUCGUCUUGAAGAAGGUUGACACUGUGGCAUUUGAACAGAGACCGAUCCCAGAUAUCGGUUCCCAUGACGUCCUUGUCGAGGUGAAAAAAACCGGGAUUUGCGGAUCGGAUGUUCACUAUCUCGUGCACGGUAGAAUUGGCAAGUAUGUCCUAGAAAGCGGCAAAGACAUGGUCCUAGGACAUGAGUCCUCCGGCAUUAUCGCCAAAGUUGGUCUGCUGGUCUCCCAUUUGAAGCCCGGAGAUAGGGUGGCUAUCGAGCCUGGAGCUACUUGCAGGACUUGUGGCGCCUGCAAGGAGGGACGAUACGAGCUUUGCCCCAAUAUCAGAUUUGCUGCUACUCCGCCUUUUGAUGGGACACUUGGGAGAUAUUAUGCUGUGCCCAGCGACCUCGUCUACCCUUUACCAUCUGAACUCAGUCUUGAGGACGGCGCCAUGAUCGAACCUUUGUCUGUAGCUGUCCACGCUGUUGUCAGGCUCGGAAAUUUCAGGACCAAUCAGUCUAUUGCUGUCUUUGGGUGCGGUCCAGUUGGACUCCUAUGCAUGGCUGUUGCCAAAGCUUUCGGAGCGUCUCGCAUCAUCGCUAUCGAUAUUAUCCCACAUCGACUCGAGUUUGCAAAAUCCUAUGCCGCCACAGACGCAUUUCUGCCUCCACCGCUAGAGCAAGGUGAAACAAAUGUCAAAUUUUCCGAGCGAGCUGCUGCUGCGAUGAAGGCUGAGCUCGAUAUCGCUGAACAAGGUGCUCAAGGCAUUGAUCUCGUGGUUGAUGCCUCUGGGGCCGAAGUUUCCAUUCAGACGGGUAUCAGAAUAGUCAAGUCAGGAGGCACUUAUAUACAGGUCGGAAUGGGCCGACCAGAGGUCACUAUAAACGUUGAUAUAGUGUUGUCUAAGCAGUUGAUUAUGAAGGGUUCCUUCAGAUAUGGUGCCGGUGAUUAUCCUCUCGCGAUCUCUCUGGUAGCACAGGGAAAGGUGGACCUGAGGCCUUUGGUUUCGCACAGGUUUCCGUUCCAAGAUGCUCUCCUUGCCUUUGAGACGACUCGCCAUGGAGAAGGUAGCGAUGGGAAAGGCGUAAUCAAAACCAUAAUAUCUGGCCCCGAUGUGAAGGUUGAUGAACUGUGAGGGCAGAGAUAUAGAUUCUGGAGGGCUUCCAAGAGGGAGCGGAGAGUUACUAACAGUUGAAUUACUUUGGCCAUCCUUGGGGAUG